UGGUCUCGAUUCCAGUGAGUGUGAAGAUGGAUUAAGUGAUAAACUGGACAAAAAAAAUUAUUUAAAAAAAAAACAAUAUUCAAAUGUAUUUAUAAAUGAUGAUUAAUUAUUAAUUAUAGGAUAAUUAAUUAUCUGUAUGAUAAAUAAGUAAAGUUUUGUACGUAGUGUGUAAUUUAAGUUUUAUUUGGUGCAAGUGUGCUAGGGCGGCGUGAAAACGCAGGUGAAUAAAUAUGGAAGAGUAGAUCCAACUCAUGGCUGAAAGGACUGGCAUUGAAAGGAGGCAAGGAAGUUUGAAUAAAGUACGAGUGUGGUCAUGUUCACAUCAACAUCUGCUAAAAUAUCAAUAUCAACAUCAUCAGACAAUUUGUAAUUAUUAUCAAGCUGGUGUAAUACAACCGAGUCAACUUUUCAAACGGAAGAAAUAUAUUGAGUAUAGAGACACCUGUGAAAAAGCUAUAGCUACUUUGCAAAAAAAUAUAUUUAGAAUAUUCGACAAGUCUCUUCAUACGGAUCUUUAUAUAAUACACGAGUCCAGUGUCCUAGAGAUAAACAGUUGCAUCUUCAAUGCAAGAUCACCGCACCUGUAUAAUCUAUUGAAAGAUAAAUAUUUCAAAAAUGCUAACGCGAGUCCAAUUAAAUGCUAUCUCUACUCUUCAGAAAUAUUUCAUCAAAUCAAUGGCUUUGUGAGACUUUUAUACUGCAACUUGGAUAUAAAAGAACAGGAGCAACGUUUGGUAGAGUAUAUUUUAUACAUUGAAGAUAAAAUAUUGCCGUUAAGUGGACCAGUAGAUAUCAUAAAUAUAUCUUUUGAAACUAGCGAUGCGGUUGAUUUAACUGUAAGCUCAUCAGAAAUGGCUGAUUCCGGUCUAGAAACCGGAUCCGCAAGCCCUCAUGAGAACACUGAGUCUGAAAACUCAUGCACAGACUUUGAAGAGUCACAUGUUACUGAUUACGUCUCGACAGACGAGGAUUUUAUUAGAGUGUCGCUCAGUGGGGAUGUAGAAAAAUCACACCCGAAUAAAAAUACAACAUCGAGUCAUCAGAGUUGCUGGUGCAGUAGUGGUAGUGACCGAGACCCCAUAAACAACCAAGGAACUAUUUCGAGCGACGUCUGUGCAUGUGGCGCCAAUAAACCAUCGGCUAGACAGCAGAACCAACCGCCAGCUCCAAAAGCUAAUUCUUAUCACAAAAAGUCCAGUGACGAAGCAACAAGUCCAGAAGAAGCUAAAAGAUACCGUGAGGACGAUCCAGUUGAUGAUGUUACGCGUUACGAGAACGAGGUACUGAACGAUCCCUUCUACGAAUCCGAUAAUGAUAAUGAUAAUGAACAAAGUGGCUCUGGAUCUUUUGUUCCUACCGGGUCAUUUGAAUUCAUUGAACCGGGAAAUUUAUCUCCUACCGGCAACGCUAUUCGACGAGAGUUAUCAAAUGACUCGCCGGAAGAAAAAUCAAUUGGUGAUUCUAAGUCGCGUAGUAUGACUGCUGAAGCAUUUAAUAACACGUCGUCUUCGUCUUCAUUGUUACUACACGCAAAAGAUGAUUUAAGUUUAAAGAAAAGUUCUUCGAGUGUAAACAGUUAUUACUUUAUCGACGCGUCGAGUCUUAAUGAUGAUAAUGAAAUAACUACGAGUAAUUUAACCAGAGACAGAGUUUCCUCCGGAGCUUCCUCAGUUCCUAUUUCCGGUGUUAGUUUGCCUACUUAUUUAAAAGAAACUGUCAGCUACAUUCCUUCAAAAUCACACGACCAAGACCAACACUACGGCUUGGAGUUACGCAGCAAUAAUAAUAAUAUUAAUAAUAAUAAUAACAACAGUAACAUUAACAAUAACGAUGAUGAUGAUGAUGACAACAGACUGUCUGCGAGAAAAUCUUCAACGACCGGGCAAGAAACAACCGCAGAGUUUGAACGCGAAUUAAAACUUACAGAGUAUUUAAUUCCGGUGGCUAAUGAUGAAUCGCAAACUCGUAAAGUGAGAAACGUUGAUUUGAUAAGCGAGGAAAAAUUUCAGGUCAAGACUGUUGAGAAGGAGUUAUUGGUUGUGGAGAUUAAAGAAGCAGACAGUGGGGAAAGUAAUCAUCCAUCGCCUUGUAUUGAUAAUAAUAAAAAAGCGCAGUGUAAUAAUAGUGUCGGUGGUGGUGGUGGUGAUGAGGGUGAUGGUGAUGGUGGCAAUGAAGACAAAGAAAGUAUUAUAUUGAUCAAUGACAAUGUAUCUGAUAAUAAUUCUUCAUGUGAUUCACAGCCAUUAUCGUUAGUACGCGGCAACACAUUCGAGUUGGAGUCGGGGGAUGAGAAAUUAUCGCACUUGAGACAAGAGUACGAACGUCGCCAGGGAAAUCUUGUAUUUAAAAAUUCUAUCCCGCAGUACUCUGGUCAUCGUGUGGAUGAUGAUUUAACGUCACUUAACAGCACAAACUACUCGUCAUUGUCCUCGUACUUUUCCGAACCAGCGCGUGAGAAUAAAAAUGUUGACAAUGUGACUAAAAAAUAUGUUACGCGGCAAAAUAAUAAUUAUUCGUUCCUAGACACAUCGAGGUCUUUUAAUAAUAUAAAUAUUAGCAGCAAUAAUAAUGAGACUGUAAAUUGUCAGUUUGAUGGAACGAAUGGACUCUAUCCGCUGGCUAAAAGUGCGAGUGAUAAAUUUAUCGGUACUGGUUCGGAAACAGACGACAGCUCAAUAACAGAUUGCAAUAGUUUGCCGACGACUUUCGAUCAUCCGUUGGCAUCUUCAAGUCAGUCGGGCACCAUGAGAAGAACAAAGCGAGAUGAAAUGACGCCGAUUGUUUCGGGCGGUGUCAGUAGUGCUGAUUACUCUCGACCAACUGACAGCCCCUCUGUCCGCCGUAAAACCGAAUCUACGCCGAUAGUAUCUGGCGGCUCGGUUAUUACUAAUUUUCCUAGUGAGCGCGUGCGUUCGGGGCGCAUGUCUUCCUCGAUGACUACAUGGGUUGUUGACAUGAGUAAUUCUGGGAAAAAUACUGCCAGCAAUAACAACAAUAAUCAUAGUACAAAGUCUACCAAUGGCUCAUCUUCAAGCAGCAUGUCCCAUAGUUACUCAUACACGGAAACGAGUCCCAAAAGUUAUAGCAGAGCUAAAGCUGCUGAGAAACAGAACAGCACGGGCUUCUUUGUUAAUCUGAAAGACAUCAACUGUACGAAAAAUAAUUCAACGACUGGCGUCAAGCAACCAGAGACUUCUAAAGAUGGUGGUGGAACUUUUGGUGUAACUCCUGCUGGUGCAAGCGCUACCAAGUCUUGUGAAUUUUUCAUUGAUAUGUCAGCGCAGCCGGAUAAAAUAAUAAAAAGUAGUUGCAAGAAAGAUUUAUCACCGAAAAAUAAACCGGGCGUGGCUGAUAAUGUUGAGAAAAAAAAUAUAUUUUCGAUGUUUAUCGAUUUGAGCGAACCGAGCACGAAGAAAAGUGAAGAUGAAGUUACUUGUAGAGAUAAAAAGUCAAAUAAAUUGUUUAAUCGCAUGACAGACAGCGCCAAGAGUUCAAGUAACGAGUCGCCGAGUGAACUGUCACGAUCGCGAGAUAAAAAACCUAGUGUGUUUAUGUUUAUUGAGUCGGAUUCCCCGGUUGUGAGACGACGUACGCUCUCAACAUCGCGGUCCGCUUUUCAAAGGCACUCGUGGAAUGUCGCUGAUAAAUCACAGAGUCCGGGCAACGGUAUCAUCGCCAAAGGUAGCGAUGAAGCUACAGGUUUUUACCGUCAACAUAAACGGGCACACAGUGUUUCCAUUGAACCGGGUACCGAUAAAUUACUGCAAGUUAAGCCAAGUGGUUCUAGUGUCUCGUUGAAUCAACUGGAACGCGGGUCUUCGCUUCCAGCUGCUCCGACGGCCCAAGAAAAACCUCCAAGUAUUACCACGUCUUUCGAGGGUUUUGACAAUGGGAUUCGCGAUACGCCGCCAAAUUCUCACGUUGAGAUUUUAAACGACGGUCUACGCGGAUGUGUCAAACGUCAGGAGUACAAAGAUCUGAUGCGCAGUAGCAUGUGUUCGAGUGCUGGAGCGUCAGUUGAUCCCAAGAUCUUUGAUGACGAUCAAUCGGAGGUGUCGGUGUGGGAAAAAACAGGAACUGAGAGUACCACUGGGACUGAAGGCCACACGAGGAAGAGUGAGACCUUCGACAUCAGCAGUGGAAGUGCCAGUGGACCAUCACCGGGCAGCGACAACCAUGAGUUUGAACUCGGUGAGUACAGAAAUGGCUCGGCGGGUUUCAAUGAAAGGCGGCAGGUUGAAGUCCCCAGCAAAAUUGCUGAAACUCAUAAAUCUUUGACUGAAACAAUUAAGAAAAUUGAGUGCGAGUUUAACAAACCAGAGUACGGUCAGCCAGAUGCAAAAAAAUCGGAGAGUAAAGACACUAAGGAAGCAGUUGGUUCGGGUUUCGUUCGUUUAUCAGAUCUCGAUAAAGUUGCACCGAAAACAGGAGCCGCUGAUCAAGAGCUGACUACUGGAACUCGUAACAUUCCUUAUAGGAUGAGUAGUAGCAUUCCAGAGAUGUCUUGGGUCGAGAGCAAAUUAGCCAUAAACCGCACGAAUGGGCCGUGUCAAGUCCGGACUUUGUCUUCACGUAAAUUUACCUCAAUAAUGAGCACCUCGCUGCCAGCGAAACACAAUAAAUCACCGAUAGAAGAGUUUGCCAACGAGUAUGAAGUCGAGGGAAUUGUUUCCGAGUCUGAUCUCAGUAGUAUGCAAAGCAGCAUGGGACGUUCUGGAGCAGAUGUAAGUACUGAAGAAACAGAAACGUCUAGUUUUGCAAAUACUAAACCCUAUAAUAGACUCGGUGAAGAUCUUUUGCGGAUGUUCUUGGAAGAAAUAAAUCCAGAUGUGACAAUAGACGUAAGCGGGAGACGUAUACGAGCCCAUAAGUGCAUUUUAAGCUCACGUUGCCAGUAUUUUGCGGCUAUUCUCAGCGGUGGUUGGAUUGAAAGCGCUGGUAAUGUUAUAUCAUUGCAAGGAUACUCUUAUAGCUCGGUACACUUUGCACUUUGUCAUAUCUAUAGUGGGGAAAGUAAUAUACCGGAUUCAAUAAGUAUCGUCGAGUUAGCAACACUAGCGGAUAUGCUUUGUCUUGAAGGUCUUAAAGAAGUUAUCGGAUAUACUAUUAAAGUUAAGUACUGUCAUUUGUUUCACAAGCCAUGUCAGCUUUGUGCUGUGGGAGUCUUAGAAUGUUUACCUCUGGCGGCAGCCUAUGGACUCGAUGAAGUCUACAGAAAAUCGCUGCGCUGGAUAACCCGACACUUUGUAAGAAUAUGGCCCUGCAAAGCCUUUGCGGCACUACCGCGUGAGCUUAUUGACAAGUGCUACCAUCAACACAUUGUCCACAUGUCAGCUGAUAAUAUUCUUCAGACAAUUAUGGACUGCGAUAAACUGCUGGCUACUUUGCCAAAUGUAAGAUGGGCGGAACCGGUCUUCAGAAUGGUCUCAAAUCUUCUAGAGACGGCGCUUAAAUUUUUGUCGGAAAAUUUCUCAAGUGUUUUGAGCAAUGACAGCUUCCAAGCCCUGGGUCGCGAUCUUACGUGGAACAUCAGUAGACUGGAGGACAGCGUUCUGGCCGCGGCGGACCGUUUGCCUCCUGAUCAAGCCUGCAAGAGUUAUGCCAAGUUGGCUAAAAUGCUGGCAGCUGUCAAGCCAGAGGAUUCGCCGACUAAUAAACCGCAGUGGGGUGUAUUGUUUGUUGACUUUCUGGGCAAAAUCCAGGGCCGGGUUGAAAAGUGUUUGGUUAAAGAAGCUUCCCGCGCGUCUAGAACCACUACUUGGAUGAAAAUGGAUCUUGAGUUACGACGCAGGAUCCAAGAACUUGCUUGUCUUGUCAUUCUUCCUCAUGAAGCGCUCAAGAGACCUUCUAGACACUCUAAUUUUCUUAAGGAUACUAAGACACCACCGAGCAGAACUUCUGCCAGCAGAAGCUUAGACUUAAGACGAGUUAAGAUGACAAUUUCCGAAGCCAAUAAAACGGCAUCCAAGCCAACAGUCAUCGCGCAGACGAAAAAAGUGUUACCGAAACCGAAGAGUGAUCCUCUGGAGCGUAAAAUGCAGGACAGUAAAUUGCUAGCUGCUGAAUCAACUAUUCGACCUAAAUCAUGGCCGAAUAAAAUAGAGGUGAAAUCAAGAUACUUGGAACCAAGGAAUAAAUCUGCAUCAAAAGACACAGCUCAACAGUUACCAGAACGUGUAACUGUUCAACAAAGACGUAAAAUAAUGAUCUCUUCAUCAGACUCUUCAAGAACAUCAAGUCCGGCAAUGAAACGCGCCGUUGAUAAAAAACCAAUAGCUAAAAUAAAAGCAGCAGUUAAAAAAGACAUGAGAGCGCUUUCGUCGGACAGUUUGACGGACACAAGUACAAAGCCAUCAGCAAAACGUGAUAAUUUAAGUAAAAGUUGUGGUAUCACUAGACCCGAGUCACCGUCACUUGAACCUAAAGACGUAGAGAUCGGACUGUCUGUUGAUUCACUAGCGGAAUCCAAAAAGAAACCUUUGACAGUUAAAAAAGUUGAGAAAAUGGAUACUUCCAUGUCUGCGGACAGUCUGAUGACUGAAGUCACAGCGACUCCAAAAUCUGUAGUCUCCAACAAAGUGUCGCCUACUCUAGGAAGACCGACUGCUAAAAGUCUGGCGAUGGAGCGCGCCAAAAAGUCGUCACCGCCUGUUCAGCACAAGAGUCCGCUCGGCGUGACAAGGCGCCCUGUUAGAUCCGUCGAAAGCUCGACAGCCGCAAGUCGGAACCGCGUCGCGGCUAUCAGUGCUUACCAUGGAUCACCAAACUUACGUAGAAACCUCUUGGAUGCCGCCAAGACUCCUGAUGUCCCCAACAAAUUGGUUAAUGGUAGCGCAUCUAAAGUAACUACUCGGCAGAGCAUGCCCUCGACUAGUACUCCCCCCGCCUUAAAGAGAGACAAAAAAGAUUCAAAUCCUUCUAGCAGUGACAGCCCCAGCAAGAGAUCUCCUAAAUCAAAUGGUAGCGGUAGUGCCGGUAUCAAUAGAGUUAAUCGCAAUUUGCAAGCAGCUAAAAAAAAUAUUGUAAAAGGCACUGAAGAAAAAAAUAAACUCAAGUGCCAUAAUGCCGAUGCUUCAAAACAACUCACCGUUGGAUCUAGAUCUGGCACUUUUUUGAAAGACGAACCCACGAUUCUAAAAAAAUCUGACAUGAAAACCACACAAGUAACAUCUUAAAUUAUUUAAAUAAAAUAUAUAUAUAAAUAUUUUUUUUUCUUUUACACAAAUUGCUUUACAAUUAUAAAAAAGUAGAAAAAUAAUUGAGUGAGAUCCGCAUUAAUUCGUUUUGUUUAAAUUUAAUUAUUAAUACUUAUUAAAAUAAUAUAUAAAUCGCGAGAUUGAUCGUGUAAAGUGAUAUUACUUCCACCGGAGGAAUAAUAAAUAUUAAAUAAUUUAUCUGUAAAUCGUAUAUUGAGUACUGAGUUCGGAUAAGAGUGAUUUGCAGUCUUUUGAAACUUGAAAAAAAAAAAAAAGAUAAAAUAAAUAAUAUGAAGCAUUUAUUGUAUUGUAUGUAAUGUGUUAUGAUCAUGAGAAAGUGUCCUAUUGAUUUGUUUAUAUUUAUGAUUAUUAAUAUCCACUUAAGCUGCGUAGAAUUUUGCAAGACUCAAUAAUUAAUCUCGUAGAGUAAAUAUAAUUUUCCAUUAAUUUAAAGUCUGAAUUUUUAAAAAUAAUUAAAAUUUUUCUCUGCACGGUUUAAUUUUUCUGGAUUUAUUUUUAAACUUUCGCGCUUUUUUUUAUUCUUAAUAAUUUACUUAUUUGGGAUAAGAAAGUAUUAGAAAUAGAUUCAGAGAAAAUUAAAAAACAUUUAUUGUUGUAAUUUUUUUUUUUUUUAAUUAAUAAACUUAAUUACCGCGAAUAAAGUCAGUGAUGCAAUUAAAUUUUCAAGAACCGUAAUUAUAUAUGACUAAAUUUUUAAAAAUGAAAUAUUAUUAUAUAAUAAUUAUUAAUUACGGCCAGUUUGUUGAUAAUAGAUGAUAAGAAUAAAUUAUUCUCACCACUCGUUAAUGUAAACAAAGAGAGCCAUAUCAUAAAAUAUUAAUGCUCGGUUAAAUAUAAUUUUCUUUCUCACAAAUGUUGCCAUCUAAAAAAUUUAAUUAACCAUUAAUAUUAUAAAUAAAACAUAUAUAGAUAUAUAUUUAUAUUUUUUUAGUGACAUUUUGUUUACUGAGUUAAUAAUUAAUUUCUAUUUUGUAUUGUAUAUUUUAUAUUUAUUUUUUUGAUAUAUUUGUUUGGUGGACAUGAGGGCUCGAACAAUAAAUAACGUUGGUUUAAUGUAUAUUUAUAUUUUGCCAAUCGCAGUAUUUAAAUUAAAAUAAAUAAUGAUGAUAUAUCAUGCGGGCAUGUUUCGAAGGAUUGGCAGUUUUCCAGUUUAUUUAAAAUUAUAAAUAAAAUUAAAAUAGAAUAAAAUAAAUAAUUUAGUAAUCAAGUAAGAGGGAAUGAAUGAUUUGUCUUGUAUCCUAUUAUAUAUGUAUGUAGUUCUUAUGUUUAUUUAAUUAAUCAUUAAUGAAUUUAUAUAUUUUUUGCAAUGUACAUUUUUAUGCAAUAUUUGUAUCUAGUCAUUUAUAUAUUUUAAAUAUUUAUGUUAAUGUAACGUUAAUAAAGGUAUUUAAAUACAAUAUUCAAAUAAAGUAUAAUUCAAAAAUAA